AGCAGAAGAGGGAGGGUCAACAUGGCGUCUGAACAGGAAAGCUCCAAUGGGCCAGUGAAGAAGUCCAUGCGAGAAAAAGCCAUAGAACGCCGUACUAUCAACAAGGAGCACAACAGUAAUUUCAAAGCAGGCUAUGUACCCAUAGAGGAAGAGCGUCUUCAUAAGACAGGGCUAAGAGGACGCAAAGGAAACAUGGCUGUGUGCAUCAUUAUCAUCCUCUUCCUCCUCGCCUUAAUUAAUUUAAUUAUCACAUUGGUUAUAUGGACAGUGAUCCGCAUCGGUCCGAAUGGCUGCGACAGUAUGGAGUUCCAUGAGAGUGGCCUGCUGCGCUUCAAACAGAAAGCAGACAUGGGUAUUGUCCACCCGCUGCACAAGAGCACAGUAGGAGGCCGUAAAGACCAGGAUCUGGUCAUUGUUGGUAACAACAACCCGGUAGUCUUCCAGCAAGGCACUACAAAGCUGAGCGUAGAAAAGGACAAGACCUCAAUCGUCAGUGAUGUCGGCAUAUCCUUCACAGACCCUCGGACCCAGACCACAUUCUUCAGCACUGACUUUGAAAACCACGAGUUUCAUUUGCCCAAAGGAGUCAAAGUCCUCAGCGUUAAAAAAGCUUCCACAGAAAGGAUCACCAGUAAUGCAGCAUCUGACCUGAACAUUAAAGGAGACUCUGCCAUCAUUCGUGGUAACGAAGGGGUCAACAUCAUGGGUCGGACAAUCGAGUUCAAAAUGGGUGGAAACAUUGAGCUCAGGGCUGAGAACAGCAUCGUGCUCAAUGGAUCGGUCAUGUUCAAUGCCACGCGUUUUCCUAACUCUGCAGGAGAUCUGUAUUUCAAUGAAGGUCAGGAGAGGUACAAGCUCUGCAUGUGUGAAGAUGGAACUCUGUUCCGUGUGCGGGUGAAAUUUACCAACAUGGGCUGCCAGACUUUAGAUAACCCAUGUAAGAAGGCUCACUAGGACUGGAAUCUGCUAUUGCAUCUCAAUCAGUCCACACUGAAUUCAGAUAAACCACUUUCAAAUUUAUUUUUGAUAGUGUGGAGCUCUAAUAUAUAGGACAUUCAUAAUGGCUUGGGCAUAAUAUCUCUGUGGGUCAUGUGUCAAAUUCUGUGUUUCUUAUUAUUUUUGCCACUUGGCCAAAGAAAAAAACUGUAGUAUUUUGUUUUUCUGCAGAUUUGCCAACUUGAGAUGAUAUCAGUCUAUGUUACUUCUAUAUAGUAGGACAUGAAACACUACACGUACAAAGGCUAAUGUACACUAUGGAGCCCUACUCUCAAAAACUAGAUUUAACUCUCUCUGGGAAGCUGGAUUUAAGAAAUAAAUGUUUCAAGUUUACAUUUUUUGAAAAUGUUUAACGCCAUCUGGUGCCAGUAUAGAACAUGACAUCACCAGGGCAUUUCAUUAGUUUAUGUUAGCUAACUAAUCACAGAACCAGUAACUCAGGUGAUAAUAAGGACACUAAAACCAAAAAAAGCAGGGAUCAAAGGGGAUCACUUUUUUAUUGCCCCUGGCUGCAAUGAUGCAUUUUAUGUUAAAAAAAACCAAGGAAAUGCUGAUCAAUUUCACUUUUUGUCUCUAAAGCAGUGAUUGGUUCUUCGUUAAUUGGCUAGCUGCAUUGAAACAGGAAAAUCCACCUGUUAUCUGUAAUGUUUGGGUUUGUAAAGCACUUUCUAAAUGAGCACUGAGUGGAGUAGAGCUUGUUUGAGUCAAGUAACAGGUUGUUUUACCAGACCAACAAGCUGGUGUUUUUCCUCGUCUGGCCAGAUGUACCUAGCAGCGCAAUCAGUUAAAGGCCACAACCUGCGAUCAAAUUUAUGCAAUAAAAUUUAUGUAUGUUUUUAUGUAUGUUGUGUUGUAAACUGUUUGGAUGUGCAUAGGAAAAGAGACUAUUUUAUUGCAUAAAUAGUGCUGAUUGCAUCUUGCAAACAUCUGUUUUGCCAGCUGAUUGUGCUUCUAGGUACACUCACCUACUGAAGAAACGGUGUGGUAUCGGACAGCAGCGUGUCGGUCUGGUGAACCACCUGUCACCUGACUCAAACAGGGUCUCCUCCACACAGUCCUCAUUCAUAAAGUGCUUUAUAAACCUUUGUAAAUGAGUGUUGGUCACCUACUGUGCCUAACAGGAGGAUUUUACUGUUUCAAUGCAGCUAGCCAAACAACAAGGGAACCACUUACUGCUUAAGAGACAGAAAGUGAAACUGAAUAUAGCUUUGUUUUUGUUUUUUUUGAUAAAAUUUAUUGUUGCAGCCAGGGACAGCACAAAAGUGAUACCCUUGGACUGCUUUUUAAUUUUAGUGUCCUUAUUCUCACCUGAGUUACUGGUUACUAGUUAGCUAACAUAAGCUAAUGUAAGUCUAUGAGCUGCAACCAAUAGGGGUGCAACGAUACACAAAAUUCACGGUUCGGUUCGGUUCGAUACUUUGGUGUCACGGUUCGAUAUUUUU